GAUCACUGAAAAUGGAAAACCCAGACACUGCAAAACCCACAAGAUCACCACUACCUCCUCCGCCGCAACAACAACCGGACCCCAAGAAGCUCAGAUUGUGGUUCUGCUUCUGUGUCUGUCGCUUACAAACUCAGCAGUCUGGUUAUUUUGGGGUUUUCUAACAAUCUGGUAUCAGAGCCCUUAACGGGGCCUGAUUGUGCAUCUCGGGUUAGAGUGAAACAGUGUGUGUGUGAGUAAACAGUGUGUGUAAGAGAAGUGAUGGCAGAAGCAAGCUCAACGCAGCUGAAGCUUUUGGCUGAGAGCAACUCAGCUCCAGUAUCCAUCCCUCUAUUUGAUGGAUACUACGAUCACUGGUCAGAGCUCAUGGAGAAUUUCAUUCGCUCCAGAAAGUUGUGGCACCUCAUUGAAACUGGUGUUCCAACUCCUGUGCAAGUGCGUGAACAGGUCGCUACUUUCUCAACUGUUGUGGCAGAAGGAAGACAACAGACUGAAGCGCAAAGGAAGAGAGAAGAAGACUUGCGCCAAAGAGUUGAGCAAAUGAAGGAGGAUGAUCUGAAGGUUAAGAAUUUCUUUUCUAAGCUAUUCAUAGGACUAUCAUGGACACAAUUCUUGAUAGGUCCUCUUCGAAGAGCAUAUGGGAUUCCAUGA